UCGCAUUCCCUCACAACCCGUGCAUAGUUGACAGAGGAAGGACUGGCCCUCAAGGAGGGUUGUCGCACUCGUCAAGAUGAUCCAACUCAAGACCAUGGUCAACUGCAUUGACAACUCCGGCGCCGCCAUUGUCGAAUGCGUCAAAGUCCUGAAGAUGCACCGCGCUGCGAAAAUCGGCGAUCGCAUCAUCGUCGUCGUCCAAAAACAGCGCUCCUUCGGCCCCGAAUCCGGCGGCAGCGUCUCCGUCUCUGCCGCCAACAAGGUCCGCCGCGGCGACAUCCGCCACGCCGUCGUCGUGCGCACGCGCUCCAAGAUGCAGCGGAAGGACGGCAGCGUCGUGCGCUUCGACGACAAUGCAUGUGUGCUGAUCAACAAGACCGGGGAGCCGAUCGGGACGCGGAUCAGCGGGAUCGUGGGAGCGGAGUUGAGGAAGAACGGGUGGUCGAAGAUUUUGUCGUUGGCGCCAAUGCAUUUAUAGUGCGGGGAGGGGAGAGGAAGGUUUCGCAUGGACGGCGUUAACGGAAAGAUGUGUAUAUAUAGAAAAGGGAUUGAUUUGGAUUUUAUAUCAACUCCUAUCCAAAUGCUAUGUGGAGUCGCUUCAUCAUA